AUUUCUGACUGCUGAUAAAACAUUUUCAAAAAACAAUGAGCUCUCAAGAGGAAUUGGAUUCGACUCAAGUCGAUGGGAAUGCUCAAGUACAAUUGCGCAUUAUAGAAUUGAACGAUUUAAUUGAGAAAAACAUACAGAUAGAACAACAUAUUGAAUCGCGCUCAUUUGUCGAGUCGGUAUCGGAUAUUCAGAAUAUCUUGAUUAAGGCUAAUGAAAUUGUAAACAGUAAGAGCGGUCGGCCAGUAAAUCCCACCGAACUUGUGCUGGACACCGAGCUCCUUAAACGGAAUCACGAUGUGCUUGGCAAGGCCAUACAAGUUGACUCAAAUUUCACAGACAGAAUGUUCUGCACGGCAAUCACAAAUCAUGUUUUUAAAGAUGACACUGAGAAUUGGGAUGAGAUCUGCAGUCUCGCUUGCCAGAAUGGAGUAACCUUUUUUACAAAUGCUGCCAUGCUACCCUUUAUUGAUGUACAACCAAAACAGCACAUACCCAAACAACGCGCUCCCCGCAAGGUCACAUCAAAUGCAGCGGAGAAGCGUCCAACUCAAAGCGAUAAACUUGAACGGCAUGGCGAAGGCGCAACGGCUGUCAACCAUGUUUUGAAACAGAUUAAAAAUAUUUACCGUGCCGGCAACAAUCAACCGAUUCCAUAUUUUAAACUGAUCUGUAAUCCAAACAACUUUAUGGACAGCGUGCAGAACGCAUUGAUAAUUUCGUUUCUGAACAAAGAAAAUCUGCUUACGCUUGAAAAGGGUGAAGACGGACUGCCUCAAGUGAGAUUAAACAGCAAUCCCCAAGAUAGCUCUGAAAAUGAAUCCUAUCAGGCCAUCUCCACUUUGGAUGUUGAUCUCUGCAAGAAAUAUGCCAAGCACUAUGAUAUCGUGGAACCAAUGCUAAAGCGCACUGAAUUCGAUGAGAACUGAUCAAUAUUCCUGUGGCAAACUUAGAGAUAUUAAAGCAAAUAUAAGUAGUUAGCGCAUGCUCUUUACCUAAUUUCAUUUUCUCAUUAAAUAAAACAAAGCAAAGAGAAAUAAAGCAUA